CAUCCAACGCGUCCGUGCCGCUGUCUGACUAACAUCGUCUUCGUACCUACUACUAGCAAUGAGCUCGACAAAGACGUCCAAGACGUCCAAGACGCAAAAGCCAGCUGGGGUAGAUAUUAGGGCCUUCAUGACUGGUUCGUCCAACAGCCAAGGCAAAGUUCCUGGUUCAUCUCAACCGGCAGCCUCAGGCUCGUCGCAGGCAAAGAAGAGCUCAAGUCAAACGGCGGGUUCGCCGAGCCUGAAGCGCAAGACAGCGGUGCUUUCCAGCGACGACGACGAGGAUCCGAAAAAGUCUCCACCAAAGAAAAAGCCAGCAACAGCCUCGUCUAAUAGCAAGUCUGUCAAGUCGUCGAAGGUCAUUGAGAUCAGUGAUGAUGACUCUCCGUCCCCGCCUCGUAAGCCGACCGUCAAGCGCAAGAAGCCUGCUGCCCUUCUAUCGAGCGAUGAAGAUGAAGAAGACUCACCUCCCAAGAAGAAACCUGCUUCGUCGACCUCCAAGCCCAAGACCGCCACAACAAAACCUCGACCUUCGACAAACUCUAAGUCCAAAACUAACGGGAAGAAAGCGGAAGGUUUCGUUUCCAUCAAACACCACAAUGACGACGAUUACGCUUCAGCUUCCGACGAGGAUGAGGGGUUGGUCCCGAAGAAGGCCAAACCGCCUGCCAGGAAGAAAGCCAGCACCUCGAAGGAUACUGACGGGAAGGGCAAGGAGAAAGCCAAAGAUGAACCUAAGAAGCCCAACUGGGCCGCUGUGAAAGCCGCAAAGUUAGCCGCGCCUGUCGCCCACGGCUCCAAAGACGUCCCGGAUGGCCAGCCCGACUGCCUCCUGGGCCUUUCAUUCGUUUUUACCGGCGAACUAAGUAGUUUCUCUCGAGAAGAGGCGAUUGAUCUGGCGAAACGCUUUGGCGGACGAGUGGUGGGACAACCCUCAUCACGCACCGAUUUCGUCAUCCUAGGCGACAAUGCUGGGCCGUCCAAGUUGGCCGCUAUAGCAAAGCACAAGAUUAACACUUUGAACGAGGACGAGUUCUUGAAUUUGAUCGCUACCCGGAAGGGUCCUGGCAAUGGCAAGGUGGAUGAAAAGACUAGGAAGAAAAUGGAAAAGGAGCAGGAAGCCAUCAAGAGCGCCGCCAAAGAGAUGGAAAAGCGAGAAAAGCAAGCAGCGAAGGAAAGCAGGGAAGCGGCUGGCAGUUCGAAGGUAAUUGAUCCUUCUUCUCAACUGUGGACGACGCGAUACUCUCCUCAAUCUCUCAAAGAGAUUUGUGGAAACAAAAGCCAAGUAGAUAAGUUACUUCAAUGGCUUAAUGAUUGGCCUCAGAGUCUCAAAAGCGGGUUCAAAAAACCAGGGAAGAACGGAAUGAAUAUCUUUAGGGCUGUCCUCAUCACGGGUUCCCCUGGUAUCGGUAAAACGACCAGCGCGCAUCUUUGCGCGAAACUAGCUGGAUUAGCUCCUAUCGAACUGAAUGCGAGUGAUGCGAGAAGCAAGAAGCUCGUUGAAAACGGGAUGAACAUCAACAACACAUCGUUAGAUGGGUUUCUGAGUGGCACCCACAAAACAAACUCUGCGGGCGUCACCAUUACUGAUCGAAGUUGUCUUAUUAUGGACGAAGUCGACGGUAUGUCCGCCGGCGACCGGGGUGGCGUCGGUGCGCUCAAUGCGUUAAUCAAGAAAUCUAAGAUUCCCAUUAUUUGCAUUGCCAACGACCGUAACGCCCAGAAGUUGAAUCCAUUAAAGGGCACAACAUUCAAUAUGCACUUUUCGAAACCUCCUACCGCUCAAGUCCGUUCCAGAAUUUUGACAAUUGCCUUCAAGGAGAAGAUGAAGAUUCCAGCGAAUGUGAUAGAUCAACUCAUUGCUGGAUCACAAUCAGAUAUCCGACAGGUUCUUAAUAUGCUAUCAACAUGGAAGUUGUCCAGUGAUUCAAUGUCUUUCGAUGAGGGCAAAGCAUUGACGAAAAUGAACGAGAAAUAUUCGAUAAUGAGUCCAUUUGACAUCACGUCGAAGAUGUUGGGGCCAUAUUUGUUCUCAGCAACAGCUCGGGAGACACUGGGUGACAAGAUGGAGCUAUACUUCCAGGAUCACUCCUUUAUUCCGUUAUUCAUUCAGGAGAAUUAUUUGAAAACGCAACCUGCAAAGCUUCGGAAUCUCGAUGGUCCGGAUAAAGUCUUGAGAGAACUCCAGCUGAUGGACAAAGCUGCUGCGUCAAUAUCCGAUGGUGAUUUAGUCGACGGUCUUAUACACGGACCGGAACAACAUUGGUCACUGAUGCCGCUUCACGCUGUGUGCUCUGCUGUUCGACCAGCAUCUUUUCUUUACGGUCAGGGCGCUCAUUAUGGUGGCCAGAAUUCCAUGUCUUUCCCGCAAUGGCUAGGGCAGAACUCAAAGCAGACCAAGCUCAAUCGCCAGUUGGUUGAUGUGCAGAUCCGAAUGCGGCUCAAGGUGUCCGGAGACAAAUCAGAGAUUCGACAAUCAUAUAUCCCUGCGCUGUUUCCUCACAUUAUUAGGCCUCUAGCAGAUGAAGGAUCGAGCGCUAUUGAUGAUGUCAUCGACCGGAUGGAUGAAUACUACCUCUCAAAGGAAGACUGGGAUACCAUCGUCGAGCUCGGUGUCGACCAGAAUAAGGAUGACGUUGUUCUCAAGAAAAUAUCUCCUGCUGUCAAGUCCUCAUUCACACGAAAAUACAAUGGCCAAGAGCAUCCCAUACCCUUCCACAAAGGCCAAGAUGUUGGUAAAGCGCCCAAGAAACUCGCUGCUGGUCCAGCUCCAGAUUUGGAGGACGCUUUCGAGUUGGAUGAUAUUAUCGAUGAUGUUUCUGAUGACGAGAAGAAGCCAAAAAAGGACGAUAUCGAUAACGACAAGCUCAUCCAUGUUGCCAAAGCGAAGAAGAGGACAAAUAAAUCGUAGUUUAGACGACCUAGUAUCUCGUAUCUCCCAAUCUAUCGCUUUGGUUUCUCACCUUUUCGAAAUGCGUAUUAAUGCAGGGUCUGCCUC